AUGUACGAGAUUUACUACCUAAAUGAACAGGAUGAAUUUGAAAAGUCGAAAGAAAAUGACGAAAUCCACAGUUGCCUGGUUUUGAAAAACCGUUGUGUUAAUGUGGAGAAAAAAAAAAAGCUGAUUGAGGAAAAUACUUACGAGGGGGGAUACACCAUCUGGGAGUGCACAUGGGAAAUGCUGAAAUUUCUCUACAGAAAGGGCAUCGACUUUAGGAGUAAAAAUGUCCUAGAGCUAGGUUGUGGACACGGUCUGGUCGGUAUAAAGGUCCUCAUGGAUGAAGGAAACGUCGUCUUCCAGGAACUCAACAAAGAAGUGAUCAACGACGUGCUGCUACCCAACAUAAGAAAAAACUUGAACAUAAAAAUGAAAAAAAAAAAACUAAAGGAUAAAAAAAAAUGCAUGAAAAUACAUGGCCAAAUCUUCAAGUGCACCAUUAUCAAUAAACCCUGGAAUAAGCUGAAUAAAAAAAUUAAGAAGAAAAAAUUAAACCCAUUUGAUUUUAUCCUAGGAAACGAAAUAUUAUACAGAAAGAAGAAUUAUUAUCACAUUUUAAAAAUUCUCAAGCAGAACAUGUCGUAUAAUGGAAGGGCGUACUUCGGCACCAAGUCCUAUUACUUCGGCUUUGAAGACGAGGGGGUUGGCACGAAUAGCUUCGUGGACUAUGUGAAUAACAAUGAGCACUUCAACUUUCGCGCUCGGGUUGUUCAUACCAAUUCAGACAAGUCGGUCUAUUCCAAGGACAUCAUAGAGGUGACCUUCUCCAACAUGGACCACUCGCCGUGCAAGGUGCAAGAGAUACAUGUGGACGUCUCGUGA